UCUCUGCUCAGCCCCAUGGAGAAGCUCCUGAACCUCACCUUGCUCCUCCUGUCAGCAUCCUGCGCUGCCGAGAACGUCACCGUGGUGGCCGUGGAGGGCGACACCAUUUCCGUCAACUGCUCGUACGACGCGCGGCAGUGGUGGCGGGAGAAGAGCUGGUGCCGGCAGCUGGGCCGGCGGCGCUGCCAGCCCGUGGUGAGCGCCCCGCCCGCCUGGCUGCCCCUGCCCAGGCCCAGCAGGGGCAGCACCUCCAUCAGGGACAACGCCCGCGCCGGGCUCCUCACCGUCACCAUCAGGGGCCUGCGCCGGGAGGACGCGGGGCUCUACCAGUGCCAAACGGAGUUCCUGGGCCACACCCAGAGCCUGAGGAGGGUGCAGGUGGAAGUGCUGGCGGCUGACCUGGUGACCCACGUGCCAGAGGAGCCCAGAGCUGUGCAGAGCAUCUCCAGGCCCCCUCCUGACGUGGGUUUCACCAUUUUCUACAUCCUGGCUGGAUUCCUGGUGGCCAAGUUCGUGGUGGCUGUGCUGGUUGGGGCUGUUGCCCACAGCAGGAAGAACAGGGAGAGAGGGCAGAACCCAGAACUGGGUGAGCAGCAGGUGCUCCCAGUCCCUGCCGACCUUGGACAUGAUGGAAUCGGCCUCUCCUGGGAGAGCUCUGCGUGAGCCGAGCCAAAGGGAAUCCAUGGAAAAGGCAGAUCCAUGGAAAAGGCCGCCUGCCAUAAGAAAAGGAUCACUACUAAACACAGGUCUGGAAGAAUCUGUCACUCUGGAGAGGUUCCCAUCUUCUUCAUCACCUCUUCCCCUUGGUGUCUCACCCCCAGGCAGUUAUUCCAGACCUCAUUCCCAGGACUACUCCAUCAUGGGCUGAACUGACACCCAUCAACUUCCUGUCACCUCAGGUGACAACAGAUUCUGUCCUUCCAAGGUGAGGAAGAGCAGCUCCCAAAAGCUGCUUGGGACAGUGGGGAUGCUUGGAGAAAACCCCUGUGAAAAGGUGUGAGGAGCUGCAGGACACCCCAGGACAGGGAUGGGGUCCUCUUGCACCCCUGAGCCAGCUUCUCCUCUCUGAGGGGACUUUGUGAACAUAGGAGCUUUCUCUCUGUUGGUCUCCCUGUGUUUUCUCCCAGGCUCCAAACCCAUGGGCACUCACGUUUCUUUUUCCCUGCAAAACUGAGUAAAAUCCAGCUGAUUUCUCUGGCUUGGCGUGGGUUCCUGCAGGUGACAGUCGUGUCCCAGAGCCAGGGGUGAUGCUUGGGACACCCUGGAGUGUUCAGAACAUCCAGGAGCACUCAGAGCCAGCAGGACAGGCUGGAACGUCCAGAGCCAGCAGGAGCAGCAGCUCAGAGCCCAACCUCUCAUUGCCCACAGAAGCAAUGACUGAAAUUUGCUUAUUUUAAUUACACUUUUGGGUUCUCGUUUUUAGAGUAGUUCUGUGUUUUGUCCAGAAAUUGACAAAUUUCAAUUCCCACCAUUGAAAUUCAUGGUGGGACGUCUGGCAACCUUUGUCUUUCCAAGGUCUUUCCCUCCCAAAACUGUGAGGUUCUCAGUCUUAAAUCAGCAACUUUUGGGGAAGAAAAUCUGUGUUUGUUGCUCUCUCCUGGUCUGGACGGUGACUUGCUCUAUGACUGCAUCCACAGAGAGGAAUUUGCCAUCUGAAAUAAAAACAUCUCCAAGGAAAUAAAAAGAAAUUAAUCAAUGACUUAC